AUGCCAAGGUUCAUCCAGUCCAGCCCUGUGACCUUCACCCUGAAGGGCAUCCCUGGCCUGGAGGAUCUAUACCUGUGGCUGUCCCUGCCCUUCUCCUUCAUGUUCGCCACCACUCUCCUGGGCAACAGCACCAUCCUGUUCCUGCUGGUGAUGGAGUCUGCCUUAGACAAGCCCAUGUACCCCCUGCUGGCCAUGCUCUUGCUGGCUGACCUGGUCUCCACCCUGGCUAUGAUGCCCGAGAUCCUUGGCCUCCUCUGGUUCGGCGUCCAGGACAUCAGCCUGGAUGCCUGCUUGCUCCAGAUGUUCAUCAUCCAUGGCACCUCUGUGGUGCACUCCGCCGUGCUGGUGGCCAUGGCCUUCGACUAUGUGGCCAUUUGCGACCCCUUGCACUACACCACUGCGCUCACCAGAUCCCUGGUGUGCCAUCUGGGGCUGGUGGUGUUGGUCAAAUCCAUCCCCCUGCUGCUCAGACAGCUGACCUUCUGCCAGACAGUCAUUGCCCACACCUACUGCGACCAUAUGGCCGAGCUCAAGAUGGCCUGUGGGCACACCGGGCCGGACUGUAUCUAUGGCCUCUUCGUGGCCAUCCUGGUGGUAGGCCUUGACUGUCUCCUCCUUGGGGCCUCCUAUGCCUUGAUCCUACAGGCCGUGUUACGAUUGUCUUCCCGUAGGGCCCGCCUCCGUGCCCUCAGCACCUGCUCCAACCAUCUCUCGGUCAUUCUCAUUGCCUAUGGCUCCGUCCUCUUCUCUGCCCUCGUCCAUCGCUUCGGCCAUUCCCUCCCAAUCCACAUCCACAUCCUUCUGGCCAACCUCUACCUCUUUAUUCCCUCUCUGUUCAUCCCAGUCAUCUUUGGGGUGAGGACCAAGGAGAUUCGGGUCAUGGUCACCAAGCACCUGAAUUACUGA